CUGAAGCUGCUUGUGUGUCGUUGUCUCUCCUCUUAUAAGAUCGAAAGUUGAAUUAUUGUUGAUCAGUUAUAGUAUUACUUAUUGAGUACUAAAACAUUGCUAUUUGGACCCCUAUUUUCUGUGUUUUUAUGUACUGUUUUAUUUUUUAUAAAUAAUGACAUUUUAAAAUUAUUUUUUUGAAAAGUGGUUUGAUGUGAGAAAGCAAGAAGUGAAUACGACGGGAAGGAUUUUACUUUGAUAUUGCAAGCAGUAUCAAAGGAUCAAAAUGGCAUUGUGGAGGAUAAUGACACUCGCCUUUGCCACAUCAAUCUUCGCCGAAGCAAAAUGGUAUCACCAUCAAAAACGCGAAACAACGACUAACAUUUGUGAUCCCGUGUACAACAAUACGAAUGCCAUACAGUGCUACUGUACUCCGAGUCGAAACAAAGAUAUGGUGCAAAGUGCUAGCUGUCACCUGUUAAAAAAAGACGUCCUUCGAGACGACAAAACUUGGAACAGUUUUGAAGUCAUAAAAGAUACCACCAAACUAACAAUCUCCAACACAAGAGGCAUCGCAAUCCCAUAUAUUCCAACAUAUGCACUCACGUUCUUGGAUAAACUUAUGAAAGUGGACAUCAAGUAUGGGAACAUCGAGAAAAUUGACGCAUUUGCUUUUGCUAACUUAAGCCUUAUUGAAGAAAUAACACUAAGCGAUAACCAAAUCAAAGUUUUGGAAAAGAAUGCGUUCGCUCAUCAUAGAGAUUUAAGUCUUAUUGGAUUGGACUCCAAUAUCAUAACCGAGAUUAACAGAGAUGUUUUCGUUGAACUGCCAUCUUUAGAAAGAUUAUAUCUGACAAACAAUAAAAUAACGACGAUACAUGAUAGGGCCUUUGUGCAUUUAAUUAAUUUAAGUGAGCUUGAAAUAGACAGAAAUGGGCUGUUUAGUUUAAACAGUGAGACUUUUUCCGGAUUAAGAAAUUUGCAAAAAUUAGAUCUCAGUAGUAACAGUCUGGAGGUAAUCGGAGAUAAUACAUUUUUGCCACUUGUAAAAUUGAGAACUCUGAAUUUAGAGGAGAACAAGAUUCAGAUGCUAGACGAGAAAGCAUUUAAUGGCUUAGGGUUAUUGAAUGCCUUGAAUUUAGCGCAUAACAAGCUGAUUACCAUUGAAAAUGUGAAAACAUUUGAAGGUCUGGACUCUUUGACAAGUUUAAGCUUGAAAAGCAACCAGCUUACUGAAUUAAAGCCGCAAGUGAUGUCACCGAUUUUGAGUAAUUUUUACGGCAAUGUUAGCAGUUUGGAUGUGGAAGACAACAACUUCCCCUGCGACUGCCGUUUAGAAUGGUUCAUGUCUCUAAUGAACAAGACACAGAACAGUUACUUGCGGCACGCCACAGAAAAUCUCAAAUGUAACCCCGACGACAACCUUAAGGAACUCUGGACUAAAACUGAAGAUACGGAGAAGAAUACAGGUCAACCGUUAGACGAAGACGAUCCUCCAGCGCAAAACACUGACUACGAAUAUUACGACGACACACAGCUCAAUGGAAAGCUCUUUUACACAGAUAUAAGGGAUUUGGCAAACUGUACCAAUAUCACCUCUCAUGGAUCAACUGCAGGAAAUGAAGGAGCCGCAACGCAGAAAGCCGUAAAAACCACCGUGAAGCAAAAUACCAAAGCAAUCACUAGUCCAGUAACUUCACCUAAGACUAGCACAGAAUAUAGUACGCUGAGGUCAACUGUACGUUCUAACCAAGAUACAUUACUUGAAGCAACGAAACCCAAAGAAGAUAAAAUAGAAAAAGCAAGUAAAGAUAAUGGAACUAAGAGUAAAGAAACAUUCACUACUGUACGUCUAGCUACUGUCUCUGCUAAACCAACUGAACAUAAUUAUGAUCAAGAUAUGGCAUCUGAUGAAGCAAGGCCUGAGAAAAUUAAAGAGCACUCACACAGGAGCAUUCAGGAAGAGAAAAAAACAACUCCUGAAAUGAAUUACAAUAACGCAAUUAGAAAUGUGAACAGUGUCGCUUUAGUAUCUAUUAUAUUAUGCUUUAGACUGUAUUUUUAUUAAAUCACAAAUAUAUUUAGCUCUUUAGUUGAUAAUGUUAAACACUCUCUCACAGUCAUUAAAUUAAACAAUUUUAAGUUU